AUGAGCGGCACCUCGUGGGGGGCUCUCAAGCCCGACGGCCGCACGCUCACUCCGCUCCACUCGAGCCUCCGCCAAGGCCUCAUCGCCAUCACCGUCCUCGCCCUCAUCUCCUUCGUCGCCUCGGCCACGCUCUUUCUCUAUCUCUCGUACAAGCUCAUCCUGUGGCGCUUCUUCAUCCGCGAUCAUCCGGCCCGCGACGCCCAGCAUCCUGCGCUUCGAAAUGCCUCCCAGCCUACGGCCAACUUUACUCUUGGCAUCGACGACAUCUUCCCUGAGGGCCAGGCACCGUCGUCCGAGUCUGCAGAUGGCCAGCCGCAGCAGAAGCAACCGCCAGAACCUGCGCCGCCUCCCCCUCGUCCCAAGACCCCGCCGCCGAACCAGUUCCUUGUCCUAAUCUACAACCUCUUCCUCGCCGACAUGCACCAGAGCCUGGCCUUUCUGCUCAACACGGCCUGGCUGCAGCAGGAUGGCAUCAUCGUCGGUUCAACAACCUGCUGGUCGCAGGGUUUCUUCGUCUCUACCGGCGACUUGUCGUCGAGCAUGUUCAUCAUGGCCAUCGCCUUCCAUACGUACAUGUCUGUCGUCCAGAACCGCCGCCCUUCCCACAGGGUACUCUACGUCUCUGUUGGCUUGAUUUGGCUCUUCGUGUACGCCAUCUCCCUGCUGCCGGUGGGUAUCACGCAAAACGGCCGCGAAGCUGGCGGGUUCUUUGUGAGGGCCGGCGCAUGGUGCUGGAUGAACCAGGACUACGAGCACCUCCGUCUCGCCACCCACUACCUGUGGAUUUUCGUCGCGCUAGGUAUCACGUCGACGCUCUACCUCUCCAUCUUCAUCGCCCUUCGUCGCCAGCAGACGCAAGCGCGCAAGGCUGCGGGCCCAGAUGCGCCGCCUUCUGAGCUGAGCCACAAGCCAGCCUUCCUCAUCUACCCGGUCAUCUACGUUACGUGCACGCUGCCGCUCGCCCUAGGUCGUAUCGCUACCAUGGCGGGACUGGACGUGCCCAUCGGCUACUUCUGCUUCGCCGGCGCCAUGAUCGCCUUCAACGGGUCCUUUGACUGUCUGCUAUUCGGAACGACACGUAACACCAUCAUCUUCGCGGCGCCAUCCGAUCUCGACACCGAGGACACGGGUAUCAAGACCUUUGCUUUCCUGCAGACGCCGUCGCGCGAGUUUGGCAACAUGGUCUGGAUCCAGGGAGGCAACGGCCGCGCUCGCAGCAUGGAGACCGAGACCGCCGGCGGGUGGUGGUCGUGGACGCGGCUCAGGAACAGCACGAGCGCGUGGCCCCGGCCGCCGCGGCACCGGAACGCCAGCCAGGAGUCACUGCGCGGCACGGCAAUACAGAUGGACAUGGUGACAAGCGUGGUCGUCGAGGAGGAGGUGGAGAAGGAGACUCAGCGACGGAAAUACCCAGAGGCGUCCAUCAGCGAGAUGACGUCCAUGAAGAGCGGCGACAGGGACUACUCUGACGGCGAGAGGUAG